ACCAAUGAGGAGCCAGAACGCCCCGUCCCAAGGGAGCGCCCAAGUCAACAUGACCAGUUGUCCUUCGCACAAAGAUAAAGAAUAGGCCGGUCCGGGUGUAUAAAAGACAGACGCACACCGAGCUGGGCUCAUAGAUGUUGCAUUCGCCAUGGCGAGAGUCCCUGUCUUGUUGCUGCCGGCGGCACUGCUUCUUCUGACCCCGUCUGCUAGCUCCCAACGUACCGGUUGCCCGGAUGUUGACCCGAGCCUGGUCCGGUGGAACCCUGGCCAUGACCCCUCUCGGAGAGAAGUCAUCGGACAAGGUCAAGUUUACCGUCUGGAGUCGUCUGCGACAUUCGAUUCCCUGGAAAUCAAAGAUGGCGGUAAACUGGUGUUUGCUGAUGAAGGAAAGAACAUCAUCCUUCGAACGCGAAGCAUCCUGGUCCAAGAUGGCGGCGAAUUCCACAUUGGUAGUGAGACUUGCCCCUACUUGAGUGACGUCACAAUAUCUCUUUACGGCAAGUCGGACGAAGGGGAGACCCACCCCUUCUUCGGUAAAAAGUUCUUCGGGGUAAACAAAGACGGGGUCGUCGAAAUACACGGGAAACCGAAGCUGUCAUGGACGCAGCUCACCGCAACUGUCAUGGCGGAGGGCUUGCCGAAGGGAGGGCACCACUCAGGCGUUGGACAUCGCGGCAUCAACCUUAGAGUACUGGACGAGCUGACCGGGGAAGUCGUGGAGAACGACUGGUAUGAUACCUACAUUAACAUGGAGGAUAGUAAGAGGCUGUCCGCGGACCUGAACGGGGUGGAUGAGGGUAGGAUCAUCAUCAUGGCGGUUAGAGACGAGGGAUCGAAGAGUUUAGGAACUGCCGCAAGAAAAGCCAUCAGGAGUCUCGGCAGUAAAGAGAUUGACAAGUUAUCGUACAGGGAACCCUGGGUAUUCCUGGGUGUCAAGGGCAACGCAAGUGCUGCUAUGGAGAAAAGACUGUCUUACAAAGACACACAUCGCACAGGAACUGCACAAGUAUCCCGGAUGUUCACCACGCCUUAUGGUGUAUCUUUUAAAGUAGAAGCAACAAGUUCCUGGUCCAGAGGGAAGUCAGACUUUCACAUCUCAGUCACCGGAAAGGUGGCUGACUACGUCAUCAACCUGAACGAUGACGUCACUUCCUGGCAGCCCGGGGACCGGAUCGUGUUGGCGAGCACGGAUUACUCCAUGGAACAGACGGAGGAGUUUGACCUGCUGCCGUGUCCGGAGUGCACCAGCUACCAGGUCAAGAUAAAUGGAAAGCCGAAAUACAUGCACUUUGGUGAGAUAUCUGAUGGAGUUGACCUGAGAGGCGAGGUCGGACUGCUGUCCAGAAACGUCAGGAUUCAGGGCGAGGUCGAGAGCCGUUGCUAUGGAGACAAUUUCUGUCAGUUCUUCGAUUACGACACGUUUGGGGGCCAUUUCAAGGUGCUUGGAGGCUUCAAAAGCGUGCACCUGUCAGGUGCGGAGUUCACACACAUGGGUCAGCAGAUGCUCGGCCGGUACCCUGUACACUUCCACCUGGCCGGUGACGUAGAUGAGAGGGGCGGUUACGUCACACCGACCUACGUCAGAGACCUGUCCAUCCACCACUGCUUCUCACGAUGCGUCACGAUCCACGCGACCAAUGGGCUGCUGGUACAAGAUACCGUGGGGUACGACACCCUGGGUCACUGUUUCUAUCUGGAGGACGGUGUAGAAGAGCGGAAUCGGCUGGUGCACAAUCUGGGGCUAGUUACCCGACCCGGCACCCUGCUGCCCACCGACAGAGACCAGGUCAUGUGCCGGGACAUCCGGUCCGGGGUCUACGGAGACUACAUCCCGCUGGGCAGCGACUGCAACGCCGUGUCAACAUUCUGGGUCUCUCACCCCAACAACGACCUAGUCAACAACUCCGCGGCAGGGUCUAUGGAUACAGGGAUUUGGUAUAUCUUUCACGAGGUCCCCACUGGACUAUCUGAAGGCCUUCACCUGGACCCCAGCACCAUCUACACACCUCUGGGCAGAUGUUACAACAACAAGGUCCACUCUAAUGACAGGGCAGGUUUCAUGUUGGACUGCGGUGUAAAAACUACGCACCCAAAUUCACAGGAUCCGCGGGAGUAUCUCGCUAUGGAUAAGGGCAGAUACGCCCCACAUGAAGACGGGGACGUGACCAGAGACAGAGUGCCCGCGCUUAUAGAAGGACUGAUCGCCUACAAGAACCACAACGACGGCGCCUGGGUGCGCGGCGGGGAGCUGCUGCUCGAUAAAUGCGCGGACUUCCCGAUGCGAGGAAUACAGGUCUACGACGGUCCCACACGGGUGGUGAACUGUACCUUCAAGAAGUACGCCCGUACCGAGGCCCGGAAGUCCAGCGCCAUCGGGUUCCUCCUGGACAACACGUGGCAGGGCUCGCCCAAGAACAACCUCACCAGGGUCAAGUUCGAGAAUACUGCGUCAAGGGUCUAUUACGGGAAUCCCGGCCCCUGGUUCGGUUCGAACGAGAAAGAUGGAGACAAGACGUCGUUUUUCCAUGACCUUGACGGGACGAUCACGGGGUACCCGGAUGUUUACGUCACCAGGAUCGAUAACUGGCUCGCAAGGAAUCCUGGGUGCGUGGAAAAGCCUGACUGGAAGGGGGUGAUCUGUAGCGGGAAAUACGCACAGCUGUACGUACAAGUCAGAAACCCCCACACGAACACCAUGUGGGUACGGAGGGACGAGUAUCCUGACCACCCCCUCAAACUUCACGGUGCGCUCGUCGACGCCCACUACCAACAGUACCAGCCCGCGGUGAUGCUGGAGAAGGGUUAUACCAUUCACUGGGACGGGAUGGCGCCGGCAGAGAUCACCAUCCACCCCAUCAACUUCGACAGAGAUGACUGGAUCCGGGUGGGGCUGUGCUACCCUCCUAGAACACAGUUUCAGAUCAUCUACCAGCUCUGGCAGCGGAGUCCCAAGAAGUUCUACGGAGACGAGGAGGUGUACCCAGCUUACUCCGUGGAAGACAUCGAGAACAGCGUGGGGAACACCUACUUCUUCGACGAAAGUACUGGACUUCUGUUCCUGAAAGUGAGCGCCCGUUACCAUAGAGACGGUGACAGCUACUGCUCGUCUAUGGGCUGUGAGCGGAUUAUCGUACACGCCUUUGUCAUGAGUGACGAGGUGGCGAACUGCACCAUAGAAGCCUACCCCAAAUAUCAGGCCCCGCCCACCGAGACCGUUCCCAUGGCAACCUACGUGGCCGAGCAAGAGUCGUGCUCUGCGUGUGGAUCUCAGGUUAACGGUGUGAAGAUAUUGGGCCGCCGCGGGUACCUGGUGGUAGCGGUGGACGUACGGUCCGGGAACAUCACCCAUCAGCGCAUAUUCGACACCUUUGCUCAGGCACGGAAGGACGAAGCGAUGGCCAAGUUUAUACGGAAAGAAAUUCCCUUAGAAUCUAUUAUAUUAGUGUCCGUAAAGGAUGAGUCCAGCCGACGAGCCAACCAGUGUUUACAAGCACUCAGGGAGAUAGGGGCCGUACAGCCAGUCAAAACUGGAUUCAGAGGAAGCUUCGCUAUGAUUGGCUACAACGGCUUGACCCAGCCGUCCUGGAUCCAGCAAAUCAACCUUCCGCCGAAGAAGGGACCAGCAGAGAUUCGAACCAGCAUCCCUCUCCUGAAGUAGAAUCUCAUCGAUAGCUGAAGAAAAACCAAACACAGAUGUGACAAUUACCCUACAUGCUUUUAAUUUUAACUCAGAUAACAGAAGAUCGAUAAUUUUCUAAAUAUUGAAUAUUUGAUUUAGCACUCAGCAAUGCACGUAGACUCCUGUGGAAGUUCAAGAAUAUAGUAGAUUGUAUACAGUAGUAUCUACACCAAGAGCAUUUUGUCUUUACAUGAAACUCUAAUAUAUGUAGGUGCACGGUUAUAUGUUGACAGAUAGACAAUCGCCAAAUUCACUUUUUGCUUGGUUGCGUAAAGCACCUUAUGAAUACUUAAAUUGACCAAUGGAAUUGAGGAUUACAUUUCAGGUUUACAGAA